AACACUCCGCCUCGCAGGGCCUUGAUACUCGCCCGUGUCGACCGAGAGACACACGAGAUUGUGGUGGACCUUACAAGUAAAAGGGUGGUUUCCAACUGGAUUCUCAGCGGCCACGGCUACCCUCCAAUCACCUUUGGAAAGCAGAUUGCAACCAACGCUCUGCCGCUCAAGUAUGAUCCCUUCAAAGCGGUAAAGAAGCAGGGUCUCAAAAUCGAAGAGGUCGUCUGUGGAUGCUUCACGGUGGGUUGGUACGGACAGAGCGUCAAUGACGGCCGGAUAGUUAAAGUGAUGUGCUAUUACUUGGACGGUACGGUGAACCCAUACAUGCGGCCAAUGGAGGGAAUUACGGUGACAGUUGAUCUCGAUAAGAUGGAGAUCGUGGGGUUCAUGGAUAGGAUCGCGGUGCCUAUGCCCAAGGCCAAUGGGACCGACUACCGCGGAUCCCAGCAGACGCCCCCGUUAGGCCCCGGCUUGAAGGGCAUCACUGCAGUGCAACCUGAUGGCCCGAGUUUCAACCUAGACGGGCAUUUCGUGAGGUGGGCCAACUGGGAAUUUCAUCUCGGUUUUGACGUACGAGCAGGGCCAAUUACAUCCCUUGCGUCAAUUCUCGACCUCGAGCAGGAAACCUUUCGUCGAGUUCUCUACAGGGGCUACAUGUCAGAGCUCUUCGUGCCGUACAUGGACCUCACUGAGGAAUGGUACUAUUAGACAUUCUUUGAUGGAGGUGAGUAUGGGUUUGGUAUGUGUGCUGUAUCGCUUCAGCCUUUACUGGACUGCCCUGAGAAUGCAGCCUUCAUGGAUGCAUACUAUGCUAGUCAUGAUGGUAGCCCCGUAAAAAUGCCGAACGUGUUCUGCAUCUUCGAGAGAUAUGCUGGGGAUGUCAUGUGGCGACACACAGAGACUGCGAUCCCAGGGAAAGUAAUAACAGAGGUUAGGCCCGAGAUUAGUCUAGUGGUGAGGAUGGUAUCAACUGUCGGGAAUUACGAUUAUAUAAUCGAUUGGGAAUUUACGCAAAGCGGAUCUAUCAGAUUCAAGGUUGGCUUAACUGGUCUGCUAGAGGUAAGAGGAUCCAAGUACACACACACGGACCAGAUAUCAGAUGAAGAAUACGGGAUUCUGUUGGCAGAGAACACGAUAGGUUCACGGCACGAUCACUUCCUCACUUACCACCUUGAUCUCGAUAUCGAUGGGGAAGCCAAUUCUUUCGUGAAGUCGACCCUGCAGAUGUCAAAAGCGGACGGUCAUCCUAGGAGUAGUCACUGGAAGGUUGUAAGUGAGAUGGCUAAAACAGAAUCCGACGCAAAGAUCAGGCUCGGAAUAGACCAGGCAGAGUUUCUGUUCGUGAACCCAAACAAAAGAACUAGGAUGGGCAAUCUCGUUGGUUAUCGACUGAUCCCAGGAUCAGUGGUAGGCCCGCUUCUAUCAGAUGAUGAUUAUGCUCAGAUUCGUGGGGCAUUCACCAAGUACAACGUGUGGGUCACCCCAUACAAUAAGUACGAGAAAUGGGCAGUUGGGCCGCUCGCGGAUCAGAGCCGUGGGGAUGACACAUUAGCAACAUGGAGCCAGAGGAACAGGCGAAUAGAGAGUGAGGAUAUCGUGCUGUGGUAUACAUUGGGGCUCCAUCACGCUCCGUACCAAGAAGACUUUCCGUUGAUGCCCACCCUUAGUGCAGGAUUUGAACUCCGUCCAGGUAAUUUUUUCGAGAGCAAUCCGGUGCUAAAAGUCCCAGCACCUACAGUGGAUGCAAGAUGUAAUUGUUCGGGGUUCCCACUGUAAAACCACAACGAUUUAUCCUCUCGAGCAACACAUAAUCUUCAUCUCGUCUUAAGAUUCUUUUCGGUGUUAGAAUAAGCAAUAAUUAUUGACUGAAUGGAUACCAAUUUCAUCUUCAUCCUACUUCUGCUGCAAUAGAGAAAGAUAAAGUUGCUCUAGACAAUUUAAGCGGAGAAUUUCGAGACAACUUCUUCCUGCAGUUCACUUUGGUUUUUAAGCCCAAUGGCGAUGUUAGAAC